AUGUCUUCCACGACUCUUCGGUUACGUGUUAGGCAAUUCGUCAAGGAGCGCUCGCUCAAGGCGCCCGACCACCGCCGCACUAGAGCUGCCGAACUAACCCUGCGGGAGUCCAUCUACCCCAUCUGCAUUGUCACCGUCCUAUUCUUUCUCUGGGGCUUCAGUUACGGCUUGCUUGACACACUCAAUAAACAUUUCCAGCGUGUCCUGAACAUCACUCAGGCGCGCUCGUCUGGUCUGCAGGCCGCCUACUUUGGUGCCUACCCGCUAGCCUCUGUUGGCCAUGCCGCCUGGAUCCUGCGCCACUAUGGCUAUCGCGCCGUCUUCAUCUGGGGUCUCUGCCUCUACGCUCUGGGAGCACUGAUUGCUAUUCCCUGCAUCAAGGCCAAGUCCUUCGGUGGCUUCUGCGCCUCUAUCUUUAUUAUUGGCAACGGUCUUGGUUCACUAGAGACGGCCGCUAAUCCUUUCAUCACUGUUUGCGGCCCGCCAAGGUAUUCGGAGAUCCGUAUCAACAUUUCCCAAGCCUUCAAUGGUAUUGGCACUGUUGUCGCCCCCGUCCUCGGCUCCUACGUUUUCUUUGACUUUAGCGAUGAGCGCGCCAUCCAGAAUGUCCAAUGGGUCUACCUUGCCAUUGCGGUCUUUGUACUCCUCCUCGCCAUUCUGUUCUUUUUCUCUAAGAUCCCAGAGAUUACUGAUGCCGAUAUGGAAUUUCAAGCUAGUGAGACACACGUCGGCGCCGAAGAUAAGCCUUUUAUUCAGCAGUACAAGCUCUUCCACGCUGCCUUUGCCCAGUUCUGCUACACUGGUGCCCAGGUCGCUAUUGCCAGCGGCUUCAUCAACUACGCCACGUACACCCGCCAGGGUACGAGCAACUCGAUGGGGUCGAAGCUCUACGGCGGCGCCCAGGCUUCUUUCGCCAUCGGUCGAUUCUUCGGAUCCUUCAUCAUGAAAUGGGUCCGUCCGCGCUGGUGCUUCCUCAUCUUUAUCACUGGCGCCAUCAUCUUCAUAGCGCCAGCCAUCACGCAGGGCGGAAAUAUCGGCAUAUCCCUGCUCUACGUCGUCCUCUUCUUCGAGUCCAUUUGCUUCCCCACCAUCGUCGCCCUGGGCAUGCGCGGCCUUGGCAGGCAUACCAAGCGUGGAAGUGGAUACAUCGUCGGUGGUGUUGUCGGCGGAGCUUGCGUUCCUCCCGCAACAUUUGCCGCCGCUGAUGCCUAUGGCAAUGGUAUCGCCAUGGUCGUACCUCUUGUUUUCUUUGUUGCUGCUUGGACGUACGCGUUGGCUGUCAACUUUCUUCCUAACUACAAGAUUGUUGUCGACUCCUUUACUGCAGUUGAGGUCGGACUGCAUGGACACACACAGGAUAAUGUGGGGGAUGUUGAAAACACGGCUGCGACUGACAAGGCGCCUGUUGCAGAGCAGGAUAAUGCGCCUGCUGGGGAACAGGAGAAGGCUGUCGAAACUACUGUUUCGUGA